CCGGCAUCACCCGCAUCCCCGGGCGCAGGGCCCGGAGCCCCCCAGGCGGGCGGGGGUCCCGCCAUCAUGGCCUGUCUGCACGAGACCCGCACGCCGUCGCCCUCGCUGGCACUGCCCUCGGACGGGACCCCCGAGCAGGAGCUGACGCCCACCCAGUGCGUCCUGCGCGACGUCCUGCCCGCCCCCACCGCCCCCCCCGAGGCCUGGCCGCGCCGGGGGGGUCCCCGGCCCCCCGAGCUGGGCCCCGAGGCCGCGGGGCCGCUGGCGGCCGAUGCCGCCCACCUGCGCUGCCAGGCCGGGGGGGGCUUCCUCGAGGGGCUCUUCGGGUGCCUCAAGCCCGUGUGGACCAUGAUCGGCAAAGCCUACGCGGCCGAGCACAAACACCCGCCCGAGGACCCCUGGGAGGUGCCGUUUGAGGAGAUCCUGGACCUGCAGUGGGUGGGCAGUGGGGCACAGGGCGCCGUGUUCCUGGGCCGCUUCCAUGGCGAGGAGGUGGCCGUGAAGAAGGUGAGGGACCUCAAGGAGACCGACAUCAAACACCUGCGCAAGCUCAAGCACCCCAACAUCAUCACCUUCAAGGGCGUGUGCACCCAGGCCCCCUGUUACUGCAUCAUCAUGGAGUUCUGCGCCCAGGGGCAGCUCUACGAGGUGCUGCGCGCCGGGCGCAAGGUCACCCCCUCCCUGCUGGUCGACUGGUCCAUGGGCAUCGCCGGCGGCAUGAACUACCUGCACCUGCACAAGAUCAUCCACCGCGACCUCAAGUCGCCCAACAUGCUCAUCACCUACGACGACGUGGUGAAGAUCUCGGACUUCGGCACCUCCAAGGAGCUCAUCGACAAGAGCACCAAGAUGUCCUUUGCCGGCACCGUGGCCUGGAUGGCCCCUGAGGUCAUCCGCAACGAGCCCGUCUCCGAGAAGGUGGACAUCUGGUCCUUUGGGGUGGUGCUGUGGGAGCUGCUGACGGGCGAGAUCCCCUACAAGGACGUGGACUCGUCGGCCAUAAUCUGGGGCGUGGGCAGCAACAGCCUCCACCUCCCCGUGCCCUCCAGCUGCCCCGACGGCUUCAAGGUGCUGCUGCGCCAGUGCUGGAACAGCAAACCCCGGAACCGGCCGUCCUUCCGCCAGAUCCUGCUGCACCUCGACAUUGCUUCUGCUGACGUCCUCUCCACCCCCCAGGAGACCUACUUCAAAUCCCAGGCGGAGUGGCGGGAGGAGGUGAAGCUGCACUUCGAGAAGAUCAAGUCGGAGGGGACGUGUCUGCACCGGCUGGAGGAGGAGCUGAUCAACCGCCGGCGCGAGGAGCUCCG